AUGGCUACUCCUACUACAAAUCAAGAUACGACUCAAGUUUCGUCAACGGAUCAAUACAAUAACCCGUACUUUCUUCACAGUGCUGAUCAUGCGGGAUUAAUCCUUGUCUCCGAUCGAUUGAGUUCUGGUGCGGACUUCCAUUCUUGGAGGCGUUCAAUUCGGAUGGCUCUCAAUGUCCGUAAUAAACUAGGCUUUAUCGACGGUACAAUUACUAAACCAUCUGAAGAUCAUCGAGAUUUUGGUUAUUGGUCACGUUGUAAUGAUAUUAUCACAACGUGGUUAAUCAAUUCUGUGUCUAAGAAGAUUGGCCAGAGUUUGUUGUAUUUUCCUACUGCUGCUGGAAUUUGGAAUAGUUUGAUUUCUAGGUUCAAACAAGAUGAUGCUCCAAGAGUUUAUGAGAUAGAAAAGCGGCUUAGUUCUUUGCAACAAGGAUCUUUAGAUGUUAAUGCAUACUACACAGAGUUAGUAACAUUGUGGGAAGAAUUGAAGAAUUAUGUUGAGUUACCUCUUUGCACUUGUGGAAAGUGUGAAUGCAAUGCUGCUGCAUUAUGGGAAAAGUUACAACAGCGCAGUCGUGUUACCAAAUUUUUGAUGGGCUUAAAUGAAGGUUUUGAGUCUACUCGAAGACACAUACUGAUGCUGAAGCCUAUCCCAACUAUUGAAGAUGCUUUCAAUAUGGUCACUCAAGAUGAAAGGCAAAAACACAUCAAACCUACUAGGACUGAGAGCGCAGUGUUUCUUAAUACAGGUCCUUCUCCACAGCAAAUAGUAUCCUCUGGUGAUGCUAUACCAUAUGCUGUUUCACUGGAUAAUAAUGCUUUUGCUAUUCAACAUCAAAGCCACAGUGGCUAUCGUCCUAGAGCACAACGUCCUCUAUGCACACAUUGUGGCCAAACAGGUCACAUUGUUCAGAAGUGUUUUAAACUACAUGGGUAUCCUCCAGGCUAUAUUCCGGCGUCCUUUUGCUCCAUCUACUCAGCCAACUACUCAAUUUAG